CGCGCCUGUGCGAGGUAGCAGUGCGAACCGAAUGCCUUCAGAUUUUCGUAUUUCCGCGGGAAAAUCGUGUGAAGUUUUGUAAUCAACCUCCCCCUGUAUUUCAACUAAUUCGUUGAAAGUCUAUCGAACAAAAAUAGCCGCCCCAACUCUUCAACAAAAAAUCUUGGUGAUUAAACAUGAAAUUGAUAGUAGUACUUGUGAUUUGUGGUACAGUGUUUGGCCACCACCAGAUAUUUUAUGGUGAUCCAGGUGACAUUGUGUUCGAUGGACCCGUCGACGACCCCAGGAAGCCACCGACAAGCUCACGAGCGAAUGGCGAAGAGAUCAAUCAGCAGAGCUCAUUAGCGAGAUCAAUAGCCCUGGCGAGAAAACUGAGCAACAUUAAUUCCCUGGACGAAUUCCUGAAUAUGGUGGGGGGAGCGCCAGACGAGAGCGAUAUCGGAAUGGCGAGUCGAUUCGGAGGUGAGGAGCGAUCAAACCUCAGCCCUGUAGUGAUGGCAAAUUGUAAAGCCGAGCUACAGCCAGUACGGGUUCCAAAAGAUGCAAACGAUCAUUCAGUGGUUUAUCACCCGUACUGUAUAAAAAUAAAAAGAUGCAGUGGUUGUUGUAGUCAUCCCUUGCUUACUUGUCGGGCUGUGAAGAACGAAACUCGCAAUUUCGAGAUCUUCGUCGCUAAAAUCACUGAAGAUGGAAGUUUGGGACACCAAUAUAAGGAGAUUGUAACGUUAGAGGAACACACAAAGUGCCAGUGUCAGUGCAAGACACUUGCAGAGCAUUGCACAGAGAAGCAAGAUUACAUAGCAGGCGAGUGCUCGUGCAGAUGUCGAAAUUCAGACGAGAAGAUUAAGUGCCUAAACAAUAAUAAAACAAAACUAUGGGAUCCUGACAGUUGCGUUUGCUUAUGCAGAAACACUCAGGAAUGCAACACGGGUUUCUUUUUUGAUCAGAAUACAUGCAGCUGUAAGCCGUCAUCAUCUAGAAAAGGCUGGUCUGAAGGACCCCACUACAGUUUUCCCCAGGGAAAUGGGGAAAUUCCUCCAGUAAUAAUUCCCAUCGACGCCACUGAUCCGCGAAGAAGGCACAAAGACGAGCCCAAAGAUUGAGGAUCCACGGUGUUAUUAAAUUAUUUUUAAAUCAUCUCGACAACUAAUGGACAUUGACAUACCAGAGGUAAUUUAAGUGUUGCAGGUGUUGUCGCAGUUUUUAUCAAUGAUAAAUUGUUAAUAACGAAAAAGAUAGAAAAUUUCGGGGAAAGUGACAUCAUCGAGUAAUUAUUGAUGUACUUAAUCCGUUAGGAAUUGUCAAUUAUCAAUUUUAUGUAUCGGUUCGCGUAAAUAAUCACGUGCGAUGAGGAUUGUCUCGGAGACUUCGCGAAUCAACUAUUAUUUUUUGUCUAUUCCACUUCAGGCCAUGUACAUAACAUUGUGAUAAGUAAUGUAAUUUUAAGCAGUUCUCACGAUAUUCAACUCAAAAAAAUAUUGAACAGGAAGUGAAGAAUUAGAAAGGGAAUGUGGUAAAAUUAGGAAUUGAAAUGAGAAUAGAGUGCAUUUUUCAAGAGAUUAAUAGGAAAAUGAUGGCAAUAUUGAAAUAAUGACAAGAAAUGUUUUUUUCGUAGCCCAAUAAAAUUCUCUACCAAAAA